GAUGGCCGGGGUGUCGGUGCGCUGCGCUAUCCGCACCGCCUGCGGCUGUGGGCGGGGAGCGGGCAACGGAGCCUCGGUCAUGGGCACGGCCUUGGGCAACGGCGGAGCCUCGGCCAUGAGUAGCGGCGGCGGGGGACCAGGCCUGCACAGCCUUCGCUUCGACAACCUGGCGCUGCGCUCGCUGCCGGUGGACGGGAGCGGCGAGGCCGGCAGCCGCCUUGUGCCCGGCGCCUGCUUCUCGCUGGUGCGGCCGACGCCGGUGGAGACGCCGCGGCUGGUGGCCCGCUCGGUCGCCGUACUCCGCCUUCUGGGCCUCGGCGGCCUGCCCGACGCCGAGCUAGCGCAAUGCUUCAGCGGGAACCGGCUGCCGCCCGGCGCCCAGACCGCCGCGCAUUGCUACUGCGGACACCAGUUCGGCUCGUUCGCCGGGCAGCUGGGCGACGGCGCCGCCAUCUACCUGGGCGAGGUGCUCGGCCCCCUCGGCCGCCGCUGGGAGCUCCAGAUCAAAGGCGCCGGACCCACACCCUACUCCAGGCAAUCAGAUGGUCGAAAAGUGCUUCGCUCCAGCAUUAGAGAAUUUCUCUGCAGUGAGGCCAUACACCAUCUUGGAAUACCGACAACACGAGGGGGAACUUGUGUAACAUCCGAUUCUAAAGUAAUCAGGGAUAUAUUCUAUGAUGGGCAUCCAAAAUAUGAAAGAUGCACUAUUGUCCUCCGUGUUGCUCCUACAUUUCUACGAUUUGGAUCUUUUGAGAUCUUUAAAGAUGUGGACGAGCAGACAGGUCGAAGGGGACCUAGUUCUGGUAGAAAUGAUAUUAAAAUACAAAUGCUUGACUAUGUCAUUGGGACAUUCUAUCCAGAAAUUCAGCAAGCACACCCUAAGGACAAGGCACAGAGGAAUGCUGCUUUCUUCAGAGAAGUAACCAAGAGGACAGCCCGGCUGGUUGCUGAAUGGCAGUGCGUUGGGUUUUGUCAUGGUGUACUAAACACAGACAACAUGAGCAUUGUAGGACUUACCAUCGACUAUGGACCUUUUGGCUUUAUGGACAGGUUUGAUCCGGAUUUUGUAUGUAAUGCUUCUGAUAACAGAGGCCGUUAUGCUUAUAACCGACAACCUGAAAUCUGUAAAUGGAAUCUGGGCAAACUGGCAGAAGUCCUGGUUCCUGAGCUUACCCUGGAAGUGGGUCAGUCUAUCAUUGAAGAGGAAUUUAAUUCAGAGUUUGACCAACACUUCCUGCAAAAGAUGAGGAAAAAAUUGGGUCUACUUAGAUGUGAGAAGGCAGAGGAUGAAGCGUUAGUUUCUGAUCUAUUGCAUGUUUUCCAUUCAACAGGUGCAGAUUUUACAAACUCCUUCCGUUUACUUAGUGAUUUUCCAAUUCCUGGAUCGUCCACUUCUUUCACAUUUGCAGAAUUUCUUGCAAAAUUGAUUGAACAGUGUGCAUCACUAGAAGAGCUGAAAUUAGCAUUCACACCAAGUAUGGAUCCACGGCAGCUGUCCAUAUUGCUGGCCCUGUCUCAAUCCAACCCACAACUCUUUGAACUGAUUGGAGACAAACGAGGAGUUGCUAAAGAGAUGGAUCGCAUAGAGCGCUUCUCCGAGCUCCAGCAGAUGACAACAGAAGAGCUACUGAGCAAACUCAAGAAAGCGUGGACUGACUGGCUACAGAAGUACAGGUCUCGUUUGGAGCAUGAAGCAGAAGGUGUGGAUGAUGUUGCUGAACUAAAAGCUGAACGUGUGAAGGUGAUGAAUGCAAACAACCCCAAAUUUAUCUUGAGAAAUUACAUUGCACAAAAUGCAAUAUCAGCUGCAGAGGAUGGGGACUUCUCAGAGGUCAGACGGGUUCUCAAGCUUCUGGAGCAUCCAUACAGUGAGGAUGCCUGCGUGGAAGAAGAGCUGAUGCAAGAAGCAACAGUGGAGGCUCCAGCUUCAUGUGAGCCUUUAAGCAACAAGAGAAUACCAUACCACAGCAAGCCACCAGACUGGUCUGGGAAACUUUUAGUUACCUGAUCUUCAUAAACACCUUGUUUUGGCUUCUGGUUAAAUCACAAUCUUUAGGGAUGGACUGUUAAACUGAGGUUUUAUUUACAGAUGGAGAAGCCAAAGCAAGGUAACUAGAGAGUGCUACUUUUUCCUCACAACAGAUAUAAAAUGGAGAUUUUGCCAUAUGUAAAUCAGAACCAGAUGCUUCUGAAUUAUUUCUGCCUCACUGAUAUAAAGCAUGAAUUCCCUUGACCAUAAUGUGGUCAGCCAAAUCACAGCCACAACCACUUGGUGAAAAAAGUGAUUCAAAUAUUAGUUUAAAAAUGACAUGCUUUUUAGAAAGAUCUAUCCUUAUCAUGUCCUUAAGGCAAGAAUUGUUUGAGAUGGAUUUUCUUGUAAGAUUGUUGGAAUGAAAUACUAAAUGUUAUACAAGCCACUAAUUAGCACACAAUUGUGCGGCAUGGAAAUGGGCCCUGGAGUAUGAGCCAGCCACCUACCUACAUGGUUUUUGGUAUUUCAAGUGCUCAGCUGUACAGUUCUUUAAGGUAAUCAAAGACUUUAAGUAUCUGUCUCCACCAUCCCUUCAAGAUGCCCUAUUUUGCAACUGCAGCAAAGGUGUACAGGUUCACUCACAAUAAAGCUCUAAAUGCUAAAUUAAUGUUAAAAAAAUCCAUAACAUUUGGAUGAGGAUUCAAUUUUUAUACAACUAACAAAACAAAUUGCUGUGAAUGUGGCGGACACUGACACCAAAUAAGUAAGGAAGGGGUGAUGUUCAUAAGAAUCCAGGUGGCUGGACAUUAACACCAUUUGAGACCACUUCUUAUUCUAAGUUAUGUUGAAUAACGUAUGCAGAGAUGAUUUACAAGUUUUGAAAACAUUUUAUUCAACUUAAGGCCAUUUAAUUCAAUAUAAUUUCAUUGUGUUCAGUUACUUCAAGUAAUUCAGCAAUUAAAUUAUAUUAUGUGCAAAUGAGGAGGUAGAACUUUUGAGCAAAGGUGCUGGUUUAAGAUUGAAAUGAAAGCUCUCCAGCUAAAAUCUGUUAUCAUGAAUACAAAAAUAUCAACUCUGACAGAGCUAUUUUUGUAAGAUGUGGAAACUGUUGUACUCUUUUAAAAUGCUCAACAUUUUAAGAAAUGUUAACGCACAAAUCAGCUUUAAUUCCUUGCAUGAUAAUUUGCACUCUGCUUUUCUGAGGAACCUUUUAUAUACGUAUACACUAUUUAAAAUAACAAUUUGGUUGUAAACAAACUGAUGUUUUUUUUAAUUUAUGCAAGUUGUAUAGAUGUCUUGCCUUUGAAAUGCAGCAAUAAAUAUCAAUACACAAACAGUAAAUAAA